AUCUUUCCAUUCACCUACUUUUAAAACUCGGCGUCAACUCGGUUUUUCUUUUUUUUUUUUUCUCUGUUGCCCACCUUCGGUUGUAGAGCUACCCGUUUCUCUAACUGCCGCCAAAUUUCGGCGGAACGGGAACAUUGCCAACGAAAACGAAAAAAAAACAAACUCUUUUUGUGGUCAGGGCGGACAGAAUUGACGACGUCCUCGACACAACAGUCGUCCGGCUCAUUGGCGUUUUGCGAGUUGGCCGCCCCUCUGCCGAAUAUCUCGUUGUCGUGAAAAAGAUUUUCUCUUCCCAUCGCAAUGUCGACGUGAAUUGUGAAUCGUUGGUGAUCUAAUCUCCAGCCAAAUCCCCGUUUCACAACUGAAAUCACUUCAAUUUUUUUUUUUUAACAGAGUGUUUUGUGUUUUUACGCUUUCCGGCUCGUUGGUGCCGCGAAUCAUUUCUUCCUUUUUUUUUCGUACUGUGAGAGCCGGUGGAAGAACGGAAAGCAACCAGUAGGUUUUGGCCCGUCGGAUUUCAUCGCCAUUCGUUUGCGAGUGACAUAGUCAUGGAGGCCUCGGCCCAAGACGAGUACGUCAGCGACUUUGAUUUAGAACAUUUGGAAGAAGUGGUGAAGCGUGAGAUGCUCGAACAGAGGCGUAACGCAGACGCUGCCUACGCGCUUCACUAUCAGAACCUGCAGCCACCGGUACAGCCUCAGCCUCAAUCGUCUCAACCACAGCAACAACAACAGCAAUCGUCUCCAGGUGUGGCCCAGCCGCAGCAAGGGCACGUUGUGUCCCACCAUUCGGCAGCGUCGGGACCCACCAGCCAACAACCUUCCGCCCCUUUGAAGCAUCAGCUUCAGGCACCGGCUACACCGCCGGAUACCCCACCGGGCCAACCUUGUAGCAUUAUGUCACCGGCAUCUCCCUUCCAACAUCAACAGCAGCAGCAACAACAUGGCCAUCACUCUCAACACUCACACGUUCAACAGCAACAACAGCAGCAACAGAUCCAACAACAACAACAACAACAACAGCAAGCACAAGCUACGGCAACCGUCUCAGCCGCUGCUGUCCUGCCGAUAGGCCCAGGCUUGGAAGUGAUCCAGCACAAAGCAGGAAUGAGUGGAGGCACCGACGAGUUUCUAUGGGUGACGGCGUCGAUGCGUUACGGGAACGCGGUGCCGCCGCUCCAGAUCCAUCAGGAACCGCUGGAUUUGCGGCCGCAGGGAUCCGAGUCACCACUGGACGAUCCUCACGCCGCUUGGGCGCACCACGCCAGCAUGCAGCACCAACAGCAACACCAUCAACUGCAACAGCAGCAACAACAUCAACAACAGCCACCGGCGCAACAUCUACUGGGACGUCGAGAUUCUUAUUCGGAGGGUUCGCUCGCUCUGCAUCUUCCCGGCUGCCAUCCGAGCCAACAUCACCAUCACCAGGUACCACGUGGCUGUGGCUCGAGUUCUUCGAGCGCCAGUUCGACGUCCGGUUCGGAAAUUGGUGGUCCCAGCAGCAAUGGCGGCAUGAUGGUAGGCCUUGGUCCAAACUCGGGAGGCGGCGGUAGCUUGCAUCACGGACAUCAUCAUCAUCACCACCAUCACGGAGGGGGUAACGACCUACUGGACGACGACCAGCUCAUUUCGCUCUCAGUCCGCGAACUCAACAAGAAGCUCAACGGCUUCCCGCGCGAAGAGGUCGUCCGGCUGAAGCAAAAGAGGCGGACGCUCAAGAACCGCGGCUACGCCCAAAACUGCCGUUCCAAACGCAUGCAGCAACGCCACGAGCUGGAAAGCGCCAACACGGCCCUCAAGGCCGAGAUUCAACGAAUGCGCUUAGAGCUGAGCCGAGUGGCGCAGGAGCGGGACAGCUACAAGCAGAAAUGCGACGCCAUCCAUCGUCUCAACCAGCAACAGCAGCACAGUCACUCACAUCAAGCGCAACAGCAGCAGCCCAAGGGCGGCAGUAAUCGAACCUCUGGCUCCCAAAUCAACGACGGUCCAACCAAUUACUACCUGUAAAACGAGGCAAAGAAAAAACAAAAAAAAAAAAAAAAAACAGACAAAAAAAAAACAACAAAAAAUAAAAACAAAAACAAAAACAAUACAAAAUCGCCAGACGAUUUAAUUGGGUUUAUCCUGCUUCUACCUUUCAUUUUAUACAUAAUUGAUGCGGUGCGUGUACAUAUUACAUUACGUACAGAUAUGAAGUAAUGACAGUUGUGGUUUUUGAUCCCACUGCAGACUAUUUGCACAGAUCGAAAUCCACUUCACAAGAACCUUAAAUAAUCUGAUGUUCUUCAUCGACCCCUCCUUUUUAUCACCUGCCCUGUUUUUGAUCCUACCUCUUUUACCUGUUAUCUCAUGGCUUGGUUCUCAUCGUCAUUUCUUAUCUAUUAUACGCAUACUAUAGAUUGCGGACCCCUACGCCCCAAUUCGCUACAUCGCAAUCAUUUCAUUCAUUGUUGCUGUCAAUGAUGGUUUAGUUGUUUCAGUGGUCUGAUAUGAUUCGAAAAAAUGUUGCCUAAACGAUUGUGCGUGUAUGUCCCUUUCGCUCAGCAUUUUGUAUCUAUUAAGAUUUUUUGUCGCUUCCUCUAUGGCCUGAAAAUAGAGGAACCAUCGCCUAUCAUAUGUGUAGAAGCCCUUUAGUUUGUCUCUAUAAGUGCGACGCAAUUAAAACUCAUCCAAUAAGGCUAACGUAUCGGGAGCUGUUUAACCGACGAAAUUCAUUAUAUAUCGUGUCCUUUUUUUUAAACUUCCCCCCAAUUUUAUCUCGCUUUUAUUUUGUGUUUCUUCUUUUACGGGAAGCUGGCGGGGAGAGGGAUAUUUUGAUUCGGUUUUUAUUUGCGCUUUACACGACGACGUGAAGUCAUACCAAAGUGCGUACCCUUUUUCGCAGCUCUGAAUUAGACCUUGAUACCGACAGCACUACUGUGCCCUCAUUCUUCUUUUUUUCUUUUCAUUUUUCUUUUUCCAUUUUUUUUUUCUUUUUUUCUUCCUUUUUUUUUUUGUAUGUGUGUGUCCGGGUUUGGUUAUUGAAGCUAAUCAGGUAUUCCGAGUCGGUCUUCUUCUUGUCCGUGCGAGGUCAGCAGCUCGUUGUCGAAACUCUUCCUUGCGCCAUACACGGCUGGGAUCCGUUUUGCUGUUACUCUGCCGGCCUGGCUGUCACAGCCAACAAGGGGGCGAGCAAGUCAGGCGAGACGGUCAGGGAGGCGAACGGAUGGCGAGAAAGAAGAAGGGGGAGAGAGGAGAACGAGAACGGGGAGAAAAAGAUACAGUGGUUCUCUUUCGAGCUCGUUGCGCAUUGAAAACAAGAAAAUGAAGUCAAUUGUGUCAAUUUCUUCGUCGACCAGAAAUCAUGGCCGGUUCGCUUCUUGGCCAUCGCACAGCACACAUUGGUUUUGCUCUGUACCAAUACCGAUGACGCGUGAACCUACAACACGAUGGUCUGAAUCUCAAAUCGUGUUCACUCUCUCUCUCUCUCUCUUUUUCUUGCGCUACUCGCCAUCUUCUUUGAGCAUGUGACACACGCACCUGUUAUUGCUCCCCAUUUCCCACACAAACCUUCCAUAGAUCCCAAUCAUGAUUUUUCUUUCCCUCCUUCUUUCUGAUUGAUUCUUUCUACAUUUUCCCGGUUUUCUUUUUUUUUUAUAUUCCUUACUUCCUAUAUUUGUUUCUUUGUUGUCCAAACGUCACCUUCUUGAACGUCAACAUUGUGAAAGCCGGACACAUAUUUGUUAUUUUUUCUCACCCUUUCCUUUUCUUCUUCAUUUUCUGUGAUAGUUUGAUUCGAUUCUCUUAUGCUUCGUUUCGAUCCGCUUGUAUACUCGCCACAAUUUACACGUUGACAUCAUAUUGACUCUUUAUUCUAUGCCGUAUAUACUGUAACGUGAUUUUGCAAUGUCUGGUUAUCCAUUUCAGGCUGCUUUUUUUGAUCCCGAUGGAUUGUUGAAUCAAUCGAAGAGUGGGCAAACUCGAGUAGGAGCGAUGGGUGCUUUUCAAAGUUAUAUGGGGUGAAUGCAAAAAAAAAAAAAAAAAAAAACUAUGCUGUUACCAUUAUUAGCUUUCGAUUCUGUUGAUCGGCUUCAUAUAACAUCACCUCCCAACCCACACACUAAUCCGUUGUUGUUGAAACAUUCCACUAUAAGCCCAUACAAUUAAGCGUGUAGGCCUACAAUAGCGACGCUGCGGUAGCUACACUUAGGGGGGGAAAAAAAGCGGAUCGAUGCAAUCAAUCCCGUUGUAUCAUAUGUUGAACAGUUGCAUGAAGUCGUAAUUCAGAAAGAAGAAAAUAUUGAAAAAAAAAUGAAGAAAGGGUGGAUCGUUAUUGAUCCUUGUUUCACGUAGCCUCUCAUAUAUUACGAGUCCUUCUGGGUAAGUCUAUUUACGUGCGAUUAAUUGAAGCUUUUUUUUUUUAAUCCAAUUGUAAUUCUCCACUGAAAAUUAUCGAAAAGACGAACUAUGGGCUUGUUAUGUAAACUCACGUCAUUGCUGUUUGGUCUCGUUUGAAAAGAAUAUGCCGGCUGUCCUUCAUUCAUUGAUUUCUUUUGAAUUGACUUUUUUUUUUUUUUUUUUUUUUCUUUCCUAAUCGCAAUAGUCGGCAGUGGAGAAGCCAUUCAAAGGCCUCCUUCUUUCUGUUGAUUGUCUGUAUAUGAUGUGAUUUUUUAAACUCUUUUCAUCUUUCCCAAUCUGCCCAUCGAAUCACAAAAACCGUUACGUGUAUUUCCUUCCACCUAGUAGCCUAUCGUGUUUCCCCCUUUGUUGGCCCUCUCGUGUGCUGGUGACUAUUGCUAUGAUGAAUGGUGAUGCUUAUGUUCAUUAAAUAGCGAUGGUGACAAAUACUCUAAAGUUCAAUAAAGAAAACUGUUGACCUCCG